AUGUCAAAGCAAUCAACAUUAGCAUCUAACCCUCCCUCUACUAUCAAUAAUCAUUAUCGUUCCACCAUCAAAAGCUUGAAAUCCCAUACUUCUCUUUCGCGCAGUCUCUCCAUUGUUUCAAAAACUCAUGUUACAAAGUUGUAUAAUACAGGUCUGCAUCAUCAGCAGCUACAACAGCAACAACGCAAUAGCGUUACUUGUCCUCCUAUCGUAGUCCCUGCAGCGACCUCUUCCUCCAGCAAUGUCAGUACUGACAUUCCCGCCAAUUACCCAGCUGUCUUGGAUCAAUCACUUUCCGACAUUGAGCAAUUUCAACAGCAACAUCAAAAAAAUAGAAAUUCAUAUCAUAGUAUCAAUAGCAAUCAUAGCAGGAAGGACAAAACAGGCAACAAUAGAGAUAGUAGAAUUAAGGGUGUUUUAGAUAAAUUUAUGGUUCUGAUGACAAGUCAGCAUUCAUCAUCAUCUUCAAUAGCAGAUAAAGACCGAGAUAAAAGUUAUACGGACAUUUCAGAGCCAGCACUAGAUAUCUCUGGCCCUUUUAAUACAAAGCAUUUGACGCAUGUGGGUUUUGAUGCUAGUACAGGUGAAUUUACUGGCCUUCCUCGGGAAUGGCAAAUUUUAAUAAAAUCAAGUGGUAUAAGUCAAACGGAACAGGAGCAAAAUCCACAAGCUGUUAUCAAUGCUAUUGAAUUUUACCAAAAGACAUCCAGAGGAGAAAUUGAUAACACUGUAUGGGAUAAAAUACCGAAGGCAAUCACUAUAAGCAGCGGUAGUAGUAGUUGUAACAGCAGUAGAAGCAACAGUUUACGAUCUGAAUUAUCAAUGCCUGAUUUUGCAAAACUUAAAUCAACACAUAACAACAGCAUGAGCAAUACAAAAGAAAACACGCUGACAAAAUCUCUACGUAGAUUGUCCAAGCUCAAAUUGUCUGAUUCGCUAACGAAACGAUCAUCAACUGCCUCUAAUAGCAGCCGAUCUUCCUUGAUUAUUGAUAUGCAAAAGAACAAGAUGGAAACAACGAUGGCUCGGUUAAGCGAAAUCGUUUCAUUACAGAGUAGUACUUCACUAGUCUCAGAUCCUACAGCAGCUGCCAUAGAAAAGGAGAAAAAGGAAGGAGACGAUCGGGCUACUUGUAUCGUCAAUGAAAAAGAAGAAGGCGUUAAUGACAGCAAUAGCAACAGUAAUUGCAAGUCGGACAGAUCAGUAACGAAAGAAGAGAAUGAGAAGUACCCACCUGUUAUCAAACGAAAAGCCAAAGAGCCGAAACGAGCAGAAUCAGAUAUAUAUAAGCAGUUAAAGAGUAUCUGUUACGCACAGGAUCCUAACGAGAUAUAUAAAGAUAUGGUCAAAAUCGGCCAAGGAGCCUCAGGUGGUGUAUUUAUUGCUCAUCGAUCCUUGUCAAAGGACUACGACGACGAGAUCGUACCAGUAGCCAUAAAACAAAUGAAUUUAGAGCAACAACCUAAAAAGGAGCUUAUUAUCAACGAAAUCCUCGUUAUGAAGAAAUCGAAACAUCCUAAUAUUGUCAAUUACUUGGAUUCUUAUUAUUGGAAAGGUGAUCUAUGGGUAGUGAUGGAAUAUAUGGAAGGAGGUAGCUUGACAGAUGUCGUUACUUGUAACAUGAUGAUGGAAGGUCAAAUUGCUGCUGUUUGCAAAGAAGUGUUGAAGGGCCUGUUCCAUCUACACAGCAAUGGUGUUAUACAUAGAGACAUCAAAAGUGAUAAUGUAUUGCUGAACCUGAAAGGAGAAAUUAAACUAACUGAUUUUGGUUUUUGUGCUCAACUGAAUGAAAAUCAAGCCAAGCGAACUACUAUGGUGGGAACACCGUAUUGGAUGGCACCUGAAGUUGUUACUCGUAAAGAAUAUAAUGCUAAAGUAGAUAUCUGGUCUUUGGGUAUUAUGGCCAUUGAAAUGAUUGAAGGUGAACCACCUUAUCUCAAUGAAAACCCAUUAAGAGCUCUUUAUUUAAUUGCUACCAAUGGUACCCCCGAACUACAAAGCCCAGAAUCAUUAUCAGAUGUUUUCAAAGACUUUUUGUCAAAAUGUCUAGUGGUAGAUGCUGAAAUUCGGCCAACAGCGGAAGAACUGUUAAAACAUCCAUUUUUAGAGUUGGCUGACCCUUUACGUUCCUUGUCACCGUUGAUUCGUGCUGCUAAAGGAGACUCAUCAAAUUCAACCGCGUCGUCGUCAAACGACGUAGAUGAAAACAAUACUGUCGCUUAG